AUGACAAACCAUACGGAUUACAACGCUUGGUUAAAUGGUAUUUCACUGCACGUUUUGUAUCAGAUCAAUGCUUCAUUGUUCCAACAUGAACUUGAUCUAAUUCUUCUGUUUUUCUCCUUCCAUCCAAAGGGUCGACAAGCCACACCAUUUUUCUACAUCAAAUAUCGACGAGAAGUGACCGGGGUUUGGUUCGAAUACCGAAAGGAUAAUGGCACACAGCGCAUGAAUGGGAAUCGGGAUGCUAUGACGGAGAAUUACAACACCAUGGAACCGCCAUUUGUUGCUCGUUUUGUUCGCAUCUAUCCGUUCAGCUUGGAGCCAACAAAAACGUGCCUCAAAAUUGAACUGCUCGGUUGUGAUGCACGUAAGUGUGUGACAUUUGUCCGAAGCCCUGUUGCUAGAUGUUCCCAUAGUCCGCUUUCAUAA